GCUGCAAACACGUGGAGAGUCGUGUGUGAGGAUCGUAUUGUAGUUGAAGCCCAAUAAUUCAACAAAAAGGAGGAUUUAUUAGAGGUAAACACGGCGAGCGGCUCCAGAUCGUCCUCGCUGCUGAACCGAAGAAUUUUAGCUCCAGAUCAACAUGAUGAAGUACAUCCUGGUCACUGGGGGGGUCAUCUCCGGCAUCGGUAAAGGCAUCAUCGCCAGCAGCGUGGGAACCAUCCUCAAGUCGUGCGGCCUUAAUGUGACGGCCAUCAAGAUCGACCCGUACAUCAACAUCGACGCCGGGACCUUCUCGCCAUACGAGCACGGCGAAGUGUUCGUGCUGGACGACGGCGGCGAGGUGGACCUGGACCUGGGGAACUACGAGCGCUUCCUGGACAUCCGGCUGACCAAAGACAACAACCUGACCACCGGGAAGAUCUACCAGUCGGUCAUCAACAAGGAGCGGCGGGGGGACUACCUGGGCAAGACGGUGCAGGUGGUGCCGCACAUCACCGACGCCAUCCAGGAGUGGGUGGUGAAACAGGCCCGGGUCCCCGUAGACGUGGACCGAGUAGAGCCGCAGGUCUGCGUCAUCGAGCUGGGCGGGACGGUGGGCGACAUUGAGAGCAUGCCGUUCAUCGAGGCCUUCCGCCAGUUUCAGUUCAAGGUCAAGAGGGAGAACUUCUGUAACAUCCACGUCAGUCUGAUCCCUCAGCCCAGUGCGACGGGGGAGCAGAAGACCAAACCGACCCAGAACAGCGUCCGGGAGCUGCGAGGCCUCGGCCUGUCCCCGGACCUGAUCAUGUGCCGCUGCUCCACCGCCCUGGAGAACUCCGUUAAGGAGAAGAUCUCCAUGUUCUGCCACGUGGAACCCGAACAGGUCAUCUGCGUGCACGACGUGUCGUCCAUCUACCGGGUGCCCCUGCUGCUGGAGGACCAGGGCGUGGUGGGCUACCUGAGCAGGAGGCUCAACAUGCCCAUCGAGGCGCGGCCCCGGAGGAUGCUGACCAAGUGGAAGGAGAUGUCCGAACGGUCGGACCGGCUGCUGGAGCAGUGCUCCAUCGCGCUGGUGGGGAAAUACACCAAGUUCUCCGACUCCUACGCCUCGGUCAUCAAAGCUCUGGAGCACUCGGCGCUCGCCAUCAGCCACAAGCUAGAAGUGAAGUACAUCGACUCGGCCUCUCUGGAGCCGUGCACCCUGCAGGAGGAGCCGGUCAAAUACCACGAGGCGUGGCAGAAGCUGUGCAGUGCCGACGGCAUCCUGGUUCCGGGAGGCUUCGGCGUCCGAGGGACGGAAGGGAAGAUCCACGCCAUCAACUGGGCCAGGAAGCAGAAGAAGCCGUUCCUCGGGGUGUGUCUGGGAAUGCAGCUGGCCGUGUGCGAGUUCGCCAGGAACACACUGGGAUGGACAGAUGCAAAUUCGACAGAGUUUGACCCCGACUCCAAGCAUCCUGUGGUGAUCGACAUGCCGGAACACAACCCGGGCCAGAUGGGGGGCACCAUGCGCCUGGGGAAGAGGCGGACCGUGUUCCAGAGCAGCAACAGCGUCCUCAGAAAACUGUACGGAGACGCCGAGUACGUGGAGGAGCGGCACCGGCACCGCUUCGAGGUGAACCCGGAGCUGAAGGGACACUUCGAGGCCAAAGGGUUCCGCUUCGUGGGUCAAGACGUGGAGGGGGAGCGGAUGGAGGUCAUCGAGCUGGACGACCACCCGUACUUCGUGGGGGUCCAGUACCACCCGGAGUUCACGUCCCGCCCCAUCAAGCCGUCGCCGCCGUACCUGGGUCUGCUGCUGGCCGCCGCCGGGAAGCUGCAGGGGUACCUACAGAAGGGCUGCCGGCUGUCUCCACGAGACACGUACAGCGACCGCAGCGGGAGCAGCACGCCGGACUCCGAGAUCUCAGAACUCAAACUACCGUCCAUCUCCAGCGAAUGACUCAAGUACGGAGGCGCUGUCGCCGCCGCCACCACGCUCUCAUUAAAGACUUUUCUACUGACAAAGACUUUCAAGUUACUGUGAUAUUAGAAAAUACAAAUAUCAGGGAACAUUCAGACGUCGAGUGAAUAAUGAAGUUUCAUUAUUCUAAUCAACUAAAGCCUGUUAGCAUAGCGUGCGGCGGCUAGCCGGGGAUUCAGAUGAUCACGGGUUCGUUCUCGUCUUGGUUCCAAAAAACGGAUUUUAACAUUUGACUGUAUUUUUACACCAGAAAGUGUCUUAACUGUAGGAAAACUGCUGCUUUCUGUAUGUUUUUCCAAACUCACCCUGACGGCAUGAAGCUAGCAAUGAGGGCGCUAACGCUAGCCUGGAGUGUUACUGAGAAAGAUUAAACUCAAUGGACUCUAAUCAAUAAAAAUUCAGUCUUUACACAAAUACAGAUAAAAUGGAUGAUGCAAAACAGUCCUUUAUUUAAGUAGAUUAGGAUUUUUUUAUGUGUGGGUUACCUUUAAAGGGAUAGUUUGGGAUUUUUUAACAUGAAUCUGUGUGGCAUCCCAGUCAGCAGUGUUGUUCAUUCACACAGACUGACCACUGACCCCUGACAGCGUCCAGUGAGCGGAGAUCCUGUCCGGUUUAGGUCCAGAUGAAAGUAGUCCAGCAAGUUUGCUGGGGUCACCUAAAU